UCAUACAAGACAACUUUUUCUCUCAAGACAUACAUAACUAAGCAGAGAAGUAAGAAAGAGCCAUAUUGUUAGAAUUCCUAAUUGUUUUUGAACUAGCUAGCUAGCUUCACAUAUAUAUUUCCAUGGAUGGUAGUACUGGGGAUGUGUACAGAGUGGGAAGCUUGAGGAGGAAUAGCUCCAUCUGGAGAAGUGGAGAAGAUGUGUUCUCAAGGUCAUCAAGAGAUGAGGAUGAUGAAGAGGCUCUCAAAUGGGCUGCUCUUGAGAAGCUGCCAACUUAUGACAGGAUACGAAAGGGUUUACUGACAAUAGAAGAAGGGAAACACAAGGAAGUGGAUGUUUUGAGCCUCGGUGUUCAAGAGAGAAAACAGUUGCUUGAGAGAUUGAUUAAAGUUGCAGAGGAGGACAAUGAGAAGUUCUUGUUGAAGUUGAAGGAUCGGAUUGAUCGCGUUGGGAUUGAGCUUCCAACCAUUGAAGUUCGUUAUGAGCACCUUAACAUUGAAGCAGAAGCAUACGUGGGAAACAGAGGAUUGCCAACGGUUCUUAACUCAGCCAUUAAUGUCUUGGAGGUGAUUGCCAACAAGUUGCACAUACUACCGAGCAGGAAGAGACCAUUGUCCAUUCUUCAUGAUGUUAGUGGAAUCAUCAAGCCACGCAGAAUGACUCUGCUUUUAGGCCCUCCAGGCUCAGGGAAGACAACUUUGUUGUUGGCUUUGGCUGGGAAACUGAGUUCAGAUCUGAAGGUUACCGGUAGUGUGGCAUACAAUGGUCACAGCAUGAAAGAGUUUGUUCCUGGGAGAACAGCUGCUUAUAUUGGUCAAUAUGAUCUGCAUAUUGGUGAGAUGACAGUGCGUGAAACUCUGGCCUUCUCUGCAAGAUGUCAGGGAGUUGGUACUCGACAUGAUAUGUUGUCUGAAUUAGUAAGAAGAGAGAAGCAAGCAAAUAUCAAACCUGAUUCAGAUCUUGAUGUCUUCAUGAAGGCAAUAGGAACUGAAGGACAAGAGACUAGUGUGGUCACAGAUUAUAUACUGAAGAUUUUAGGAUUGGAAGUCUGCGCCGAUACUAUGGUAGGAGAUGACAUGCUGAGAGGCAUCUCUGGAGGACAAAGGAAGCGUGUCACUACAGGUGUACUCUUCAUCUCCAACUCAAAUACUGCAGGUGAGAUGCUUGUCGGUCCAGCCAAAGUGUUGUUGAUGGAUGAGAUAUCCACUGGUCUAGAUAGCUCCACAACCUUCCAAAUUGUUGAUUCACUCAGGCAUUCCAUUCACAUUCUUGGUGGUACAGCAGUAAUCUCAUUGCUGCAACCUGCACCAGAGACGUAUGACCUCUUUGACGAUAUAAUUCUCCUCUCUGAUGGGCAAGUUGUGUAUCAAGGCCCCCGUGAACAUGUGCUUGAGUUCUUCGAGUCCAUGGGUUUCAGAUGCCCUGAGAGGAAAGGUGUUGCUGACUUCUUGCAAGAAGUGACAUCAAGAAAAGAUCAGCAGCAGUAUUGGGCACGUCAUGAGGAACCUUAUAGGUAUGUGCCUGUGAGAGAAUUUGCAGAGGCAUUCCACUCAUUUCAUAUUGGCACGAGCAUGGGACAUGAGCUCUUUGUCCCUUACGAUAAGACCAAGAGCCACCCUGCUGCCCUGGCAACUUCAAAAUUUGGUGUUGGCAAGAUGGAACUACUGAAAGCUUGCAUUUGGAGGGAACAAUUGCUGAUGAAGAGGAACUCAUUUGUCUACAUCUUCAAGGCAGUUCAGCUUUGUGUUAUGGCGUUCAUCACAAUGACACUCUUCUUCCGUACAAAUAUGCACCAUGAUACAGUAACUGAUGGAGGAAUUUACAUGGGUGCACUCUUCUUCGGGAUCCUCUCAAUCAUGUUCAAUGGAUUCUCAGAACUUGCCAUGACCAUAAUGAAGCUUCCUGUUUUCUUCAAACAAAGAGAUCUUCUCUUUUUCCCUGCAUGGGCUUAUGCAUUGCCAUCGUGGAUUCUGAAGAUACCCAUCACAUUUAUGGAAGUUGGAGUCUGGGUGUUCACAACAUACUAUGUCAUAGGAUUUGAUCCCAAUGUUGGAAGGCUAUUCAAGCAAUAUCUGCUCCUCCUUUGCGUCCAGCAAAUGGCAUCUGCUUUAUUUCGGUUCAUUGCAGCGCUAGGUAGGAACAUGAUUGUUGCCAAUACUUUUGGAUCUUUUGCACUCCUUGUGCUAAUGGUGCUGGGUGGAUUCAUCAUUUCAAGAGAGGACAUAAAGAAAUGGUGGAUAUGGGGUUACUGGAUUUCACCCUUGAUGUACUCACAAAAUGCAAUUACCACAAAUGAAUUUCUAGGGAAAAAGUGGAGACAUAUUUCUCCUGGAUCAACGGAGCCGCUAGGAAUAAGUGUCUUGGAGUCUCGUGGAGUAUUUCCUGAGGCGAAAUGGUACUGGAUUGGUCUGGCUGCACUGAUCGGAUAUGUCUUCUUGUUCAACAUUCUUUUCACUGGGGCGCUCACCUAUCUCCAGCCAUUUGGAAAAUCUCAGCCAGCAAUGUCUGAAGAAACCCUGAGAGAAAAAGAGGCAAAUUUAACAGGGGCGCAAAUUGAACUAUCAUCCCGAGGAAGGAGCACAUCCAAGAGUAGCAUAGCUCAGGAAAGAAAUAGCACAGCAGGCUCUAGACAUGUUGUGGCUGAUUCUAACCAGAGCCAAAAAGGGAUGGUCCUUCCCUUUACACCUCUUUCUAUCACCUUUGAUGAAAUACGAUACUCUGUUGACAUGCCACAGGAAAUGAAAGCGCAAGGUAUUGUGGAAGACCGGCUAGAACUUCUUAAGGGAGUGAGUGGAUCUUUUAGGCCAGGAGUGCUUACUGCUCUCAUGGGUGUUAGUGGAGCUGGUAAGACUACACUCAUGGAUGUACUUGCUGGAAGGAAAACAGGUGGAUAUAUCGAAGGAAACAUAACCAUAUCUGGCUAUCCAAAAAAGCAAGAAACUUUUGCCCGUGUAUCAGGAUAUUGUGAACAAAAUGAUAUCCACUCUCCUCAUGUCACAGUUUAUGAGAGUCUGGUAUACUCUGCAUGGCUUCGACUACCUCCAGAAGUUGAUUCUGCAACAAGAACGAUGUUCAUUGAUGAGGUGAUGGACCUUGUGGAGCUGACACCUUUGAGAGACGCACUAGUUGGGUUGCCUGGUGUGAAUGGUCUAUCAACAGAGCAGCGCAAGAGGCUAACAAUUGCUGUUGAGCUUGUUGCUAAUCCUUCUAUAAUAUUCAUGGAUGAGCCUACAUCUGGACUUGACGCUAGGGCAGCAGCAAUUGUUAUGAGAACUGUAAGGAACACAGUGGAUACCGGGAGGACUGUGGUGUGCACCAUCCACCAGCCAAGCAUAGACAUAUUUGAAGCAUUUGAUGAGCUCUUCCUAAUGAAGCGAGGAGGGGAAGAGAUAUAUGUUGGACCACUGGGGCACCAUUCCCGUGAUUUAAUCAACUAUUUUGAGAGUGUUGAAGGAGUUAGAAAGAUAAAAGAUGGGUAUAAUCCAGCGACAUGGAUGUUGGAAGUGACCACAUUGGCACAAGAACAACUAUUGGGCAUCAAUUUCUCUGAGAUAUACAAGGACUCUGAACUUUUUAGGAGGAAUAAAGCAUUGAUUGCAGAGUUAAGCACACCACCUCCCGGUUCAAGCGAUCUUCACUUCCCAUCUCAGUAUUCACAGAAUUUCUUCACACAAUGCAUGGCUUGCCUAUGGAAACAACAUUUGUCGUACUGGAGAAAUCCUCCCUACACUGCUGUUAGAUUUUUCUUCACAACAAUCAUAGCCCUCUUGUUUGGAACAAUAUUUUGGGAUCUAGGCACAAAAAAGGAAAAACGGCAGGAUUUAUUCAAUGCUAUGGGUUCUAUGUAUGCUGCUGUCCUAUUCAUUGGUGUGCAGAAUUCUUCAUCCGUCCAACCAGUUGUUUCCAUUGAAAGAACAGUUUUCUACCGGGAGAGAGCAGCAGGGAUGUACUCAGCUCUUCCCUAUGCAUUUGGACAGGUUGCAAUUGAACUCCCAUAUAUCUUAGUCCAGUCUUUGAUAUACGGUGUCUUAGUAUAUGCGAUGAUUGGAUUUGAAUGGACAGUCGCCAAAUUCUUUUGGUACAUGUUCUUCAUGUAUUUCACAUUGCUAUACUUCACAUUUUAUGGGAUGAUGGCGGUAGGGUUGACUCCAAACUACAACAUCUCUUCCAUUGUGUCAUCUGCAUUUUAUGCAAUAUGGAAUGUUUUCUCAGGAUUUAUCAUUCCACGGCCAAAAAUUCCUAUUUGGUGGAGAUGGUACUAUUGGAUAUGCCCCGUUUCAUGGACUUUGUACGGAUUGGUUGCUUCACAGUUUGGUGAUAUUGAUGAUCAUAAACUCAGUGACACUGGAGAGGUCGUGUCAGAAUUUCUUAGGAGCUACUUCGGAUUCAAACACAGUUUUCUUGGAGUAGUUGCAGUGGUGGUUGUUGCAUUUGCAGUACUUUUUGCUGUCUUGUUUGCCUUCUCUAUUAAAAUGUUGAACUUCCAAAGAAGAUGAAGUUCCGGAAGUAUUGGUAUAGUUUUGUUAAAAAAAAAAUUACAAUCUAAUAAAUAAUGUAAUGGUCAGGCCUGAACAGGCCACCAAUUGUUCCUUCCAAAAACUGAACCCUAUGCUCAACUUGUCAACUUAGUUUUUUUAUUUUUGUCA